AAAAUACUCUCUUCGAAUACAACUUUAGAACGCUCUAAAAAAAUGAUUAGAAAUUUGGAAGAGUUAUUAGUACAUUCUAUAAAAAUUGUACUAUAUAGAUGUUUAUUGAGUGUUUAAAAAGGAACAUAAUGAAUUAUGUUUCUGUUUAUCUGGUAGUAUGAAAUAAUUUUUAUGUCACAUAUAAGUUAUGCUCACAUAUAUUGAAAUUAGAUGAUUGUGAGAUUGUGAUGAUUGAUCUAGAUGAUAAAUUGGCAAGAUACAUUUUAUUGGCAGUUAAAAAAUCUAACUUGGAUUUUGGUGUAGUGAUUUCUAACUCUGAUUAAAAUGGAGGAGAUAAUUAUUGGAUGUUAUUCCAAUAAAAACAAGAUUAGAUUAUUAGGCAAUUUAAAAGCUUUCUUAUUUGGAAAUGGUAAAGAAAUAAAUAACUAAAUUUAAUUCUGAGAGCUUACUAGUCAAUUAUCUGUCGAUUUAAAAAAAAUUUGAAUUCAUUUUAAGCACUAACUUAAUUAGAAAUUUAUAAAGACAAAUUGUUUGAACACAAAAUAAAUAAUAUUACUUUUGACUAAUUUAAUAAGAAAUUAAACAGAUCUAUACAUCUACAAUAAUUUGUCUUAUUACAACAGCAUGUUUAAAUAAAAUAAUAUUUAUAAAAUAAGGUUAAAUAGAAAAUAUGA